GCCCGAGAUUGAUUCGAUUUGUCCUCUGUCGCCUCUGCGCUUGUUGCCUUUCCAUUGCCCCCGUCGCCGUAGCAGCAGCGGUCGCCAGAUUGCAAGUUUCCGUCACCAGAUUUUAAGCCGCCGUCGCCAUCUCGUCUCCGAUCUGCUCGAGCUUCUCUCUACUGCCAUUGGCGAUCUCCGUUUGAGGGUCAAAGGCUUACUGUUUGGUAGGAGUUUGAUUGCGAUCUGGUUUCGCUCUCUAUUUGGCAUCUGCUCGAAGCGAUUUCGUCACUUUGUUUGCACGUCACUUUUAGGAGAAAAAAACCCUAGAUUGUAGCGUGGGAUUUGGGGCGAACGCAAAUCGUGUUUGGUGCUCGAAGGUAGGGGUGUGUGUGUGAUGGCUAACGGUGCCGAUGAGGACGCCGAUGCCGUACUCAGCGAUUUGGAGUCCGACGAACCGGCGCCGAUCGUCAUCAAGGAUCCGCCGCGGGAAGAUUUGUCGGCGGAGAGGUUGAAGGAGCUUCUCGCUGAGCUCGAUCACGAGAGGAAAGCGCGUGAAGCCGCGGAGAGUUCGAAGUCGGAGCUUCAGGUACAGUUCAAUCGGUUGAAAGCUCUCGCUCACGAGGCGAUUCGAAAGCGCGACGAGUGCAAGCGAGAACGAGAUGAAGCGUUGAGGGAGAACGAGAAUUUGUCCAAGGAACUGGAGGAUUCAAAGAGGGGUAAAGAUGAAUUGUCCAGGCGGAGAGAUGAGAUUUCGAAGCAGCUGGAUGAAGCUGUGAGAGCUAGAGAUGGGUUGAAAUCCGAGAUUGAGAAUUCUGCGCAUAUGUUGGUUUCUGGGAUCGAGAAGAUAUCUGGUAAAGUAAGCAACUUUAAGAACUUUUCCAACGGAGGGUUGCCAAAGUCGCAGAAAUACACAGGAUUGGCUUCGGUAGCUUAUGGAGUUAUCAAACGGACAAACGAUAUCGUCGAGGAGCUUGUCAGGCAGAUCGACACGACUGCAAAGUCGAGGAAUGAAGCCAGGGAACAGAUCGAGCAACGCAAUUACGAGAUUGCUAUCGAGGUUUCUCAGUUGGAAGCCACAAUCGCAAAUUUGCGAGUUGAUGUGACGGAGAAAAACUCGAUCAUCGAGGACUUGAAAAGCAAUGUGACAGAUAAAGACAAGAAGAUCUCCGAGCUUGAGAAAGAUAUAUCGGAGAAAGUGAGCAUAUUGGAGGGUGAAUCGGCUGAGCUAAAGCUAUUGGUAAAUGAGUAUGAUGGAAAGCUGAAGGCUUUGGAACAGAAGAUGGAAGCUCAGCGGCCAUUGUUGAUGGAUCAGCUGGAGUUUGUGUCCAGGAUCCAUGACCAGCUUUACGAAGUUACGAGGAUUCUUGACGGGGAUAAUUCAGAGCAAUCAGAUCUGUCCGAGUCUUUGUUCAUGCCGCAAGAGACAGAGAUCGAAGAAAACAUCCGGGCUUCUUUGGCAGGGAUGGAAUCCAUCUUUGAAUUAACAAAAGUGGUUGGGGGUAAGACAAGGCAUUUGGUCGAGGAGAAGAGUCAUGAACUGAAGAACUUGAACGAGACAGUGGGUCGGUUAGUUAAGGAGAAGGGACAUAUCGGUAGUUUACUUAAGAGUGCUUUGUCAAAGAGGAUGAUAGUUGAACAGUCAUCCAAAACGAGUGAAAUGCUGAAAGCUGCAGAGAAUGGCCUGAAAGAUGCUGGAAUAGAUAUCAAGUUCGGUAAACUCUUAGAGGAGGGGAAGGAUAAUGCCGAUGAUUCUAGUACGGAAGAAAACGAAAUAUACUCCUUGGCUGGUACGUUGGAGAAUAUCGUCAAGGCAUCUCAGCUCGAGAUCCUCGAGCUACAACGCUCUGUGGAAGAAUUAAGGGAAGAGGCCAAUCUACUUAGGAAACAAUUAGACGCCCAGGCGAAGGAGCUUAACCAAAGAACACGCCAAAUAGAAGAACUUAAAGAAAAGGAGAGAAUAGCAAAUGAAAGUGUCGAAGGGCUUAUGACAGAUAUUGCUGCGGCCGAAGAAGAAAUAACGCGGUGGAAAGCGGCAGCGGAGGAAGAGGCCGCCGCUGGAAAAGCCGUUGAGCAAGACUACAUGUCACAGCUCGCAGCACUUCGACAAGAACUCGAAGAAGCAAAGCAAGCAAUGUUGGAAUCGGGGAAGAAGCUAAAGUUCAAGGAAGAGACAGCAGCUGCAGCCAUGGCGGCUAGGGGUGCAGCCGAGAAAUCUCUGAGACUGGCAGACUCAAGGGCUACCAAGUUAAGGGAAAGGGUUGAGCAGCUAAGCCGACAGGUGGAAGAACUAGAAACCCGUCGGGACAACAUCAAUAGAAACAGUGCGAGAUACGUGUGUUGGCCAUGGCAAUGGCUCGGCCUCCAGUUCGUCGGAGCUCGUGGAGGAGGUGAGACAGAACAUCAGAUUUCAAAUGAGAUGGAACUGUCUGAACCUCUACUAUGAGAAACUGGUAUUAUUACUUACUGUGUCUUCUCUGUAAUUAUUCCGAUUUCUAUUCGAAAACAUUCACACAAAAGGAUCUUCCUUUUCUUUUUCC